CCUCUUGCUGACCAGAACCAGUCGGACCGUGGAGGGAGCAGGAUCAUCACUGAUCUAAAGAUAGUUUCUCGUUUGGAAAUACAUAAAGCACAUCAAAGUUCUCCGAAUCGUUUUUCAUAUAAAUUACACAUCUAUUGGCGAGGAGUUUAAGGACUAAUCACAGUGCUCGGAAUAGAAGUUUCCAGAAGAAUUUACAGGAAAAACAUAUCAAUAUAGAGAACUUUGAAGAGUGAGAAUAAUUUCUAUCUGGAGAUGCUUGCCGCGUCAAUCUGCCGUGAGGUGCACUUCACCGUGCUCUCGUCAACGAUGUCCAGUCGUGUCCCACGCUGCCUCUUCGGGCCACCUAACCCUAAGGAUACCGUGGAACUUCUACAGGAAGCCCUAGACAUGGAGAGAACGAAAUUUGCCAGGAGAUGGGGCGUGGAUCCUACGUCAGAGGACAAGGAAAAUUUUCAAAAGAAGAAUCACGACAGGAUCGAACGUUCACCGAGAAAGAGGAGUAAUCCUUACUCGAGACAGACUAAUAUUCACGAUUACUGGCGCGCGCGCAAGGUCUGCGACAUGAAUAAGAAGAGCACUAGCGACGCCAAGCAGCCAAGUACAGAAGCUUCCAAGGCACAGAACUAAGCGGCGCUUCCGUCAUUCGCACGACCAAUGACAGCAAAGAUGGCAGGCGUAUCGAAGACUGCACUUUGUAUAAUCGAAUUUGUAUAUUUAUUGUCUUAUCACAUUCGCUACUUAUUAGAGUUAUUAAGUAUUAGCCAUUGAUACUAGCGUGCUAGGUGAGAAUUGAUUUUUUUGUAAAUAUUCGCGAUUAAUUAAUGGAGGUUUGGGGUGGAUCCCAGGAGUCCGAAAAAAGUGAUAAGGAGGGAGUGGGCACUUAUUUUUAUUAACUAUUUAAAUUUAUACGUUAUUUUAAACUUCCUCUUGGAUCUUCUCUUGAUCCUGACGGGACGUUUGAAUCCUUCCGUCAAGAUCAAGAAACAAUGGAACACUCCUUUCUCUUUUUCUCUCUCUCUCUCUCUCUCUCUUUCUUGGCCCCUCUGUCU